CCAAUGUAGUUUGCUGCACCAUCUUCGCUCUUCACCCUAUACUCCCACUCGUCUGCCCGGCUCUCUCUGGUGCUCUCCCUCACACGUCCUUGGGAAAGGAGUCGCCACAGUUUCAAACCUCGACCUUUCUCACUGAGAAGCUUGCACAGGUCGGAAUAUUGGUGGUAUCGGCAUGAAACCUUCCGGUCAUUUUUACCGGAUUGGCACGAGAUCAUCAACUUUGGAUUUAACACAAAACCCGCGAAAUCCAGGCGACCCAGUAAAAUAUUUGGCCAUCUUCGCGAAGUCGUUGCUAUAGAGUUUCAUUGAUGGCGUGGGGUUGCCGAUGAACCUCCUAUUAUUCAAUACCCGGCCUUUCAGGGUUCGAGCCUCCACGAUAGUCAUUGCCCAUUUUCACGCUCACUCUCGAGGAGGAUUUCGCCCCUUCCCUGGCAGAGAGGUAAUAAAAAAUCACGAGGCUUGGUUUGUUAAAGUUGUAGCUACCCUUUUUGUUCGUUCACGUUCUUUGGAUGCUUGUUUGGGGUAUUUGUGUGAGAAUUUGACCCCUGUGAUAGCAUUCGAGGUAAUUAAGCGGUUUUAUAAUCCAAAAGUGGGUUUAAAGUUCUUGGAAUUCAGUAGAUUGAAUUUGAGUCUUAUUCAUUCGUUUUCGACUUACAAUUGGCUUAUGAGGUCUUUAUGUCAAAUGGGUCUCUAUGAUUUGGCGAAAAUGGUGUUUGAUUACAUGAAGAGUGAUGGGCAUUUGCCUGAUGGUACACUUUUAGGAUUUUUGGUAACUUCAUUUGUGCAGGCAGGCAAGUUUGAUCUUGCCAGGAAACUGUUUGCUGACGUUCAGGCUGAGGAGAUUGGGAUUAGUUUGUUUGUUUAUAAUAGUUUGUUAAAUGAGUUGGUUAAACGGAAUCAAGUAAAUGAGGCUAUUUGCUUGUUUAAAGAGCAUUUGGCAUUGCAAUCUCCUCCUGAUACUUGGACCUUCAAUAUUCUUAUCCGAGGUCUCUGCAGAGCAGGUGAAGUUGAUAGGGCUUUUGAAUUUUUAAAUGAUAUGGGGAGUUUUGGUGGUUUACCUGAUGUUGUUACAUAUAACACUCUGAUAAGUGGAUUGUGUAGGGUUAAUGAAUUAGAUAGAGCGUGUGACCUAUUGAAGGAAGUUCAGUCUAGAAAAGAUUGUUCACCUGAUGUCGUCACUUAUACAUCUAUUAUAUCUGGGUUUUGCAAACUGGGUAAGAUGGGGGAAGCCUCAGUUCUUUUUGAAGAGAUGAUUAGGUCUGGGAUUAAUCCCAAUGUAGUAACUUUUAAUGUUCUUAUUGAUGGCUUUGGCAAGAAUGGUGACAUGGUUGCAGCGGAAGCCAUGCAUGAAAAGAUGGUUUCUUUUGGUUGUGUACCUGAUGUAGUUACCUUCACUUCCUUGAUUGAUGGUUAUUGUAGAACCGGACAAGUUCACCUGGGUUUGAAGAGAUGGGAUGCCAUGAAAGGAAGAAAUGUAUCUCCAAAUGUUUAUACUUACGCUGUUCUUGUUAAUGCUCUAUGCAAGGAGAAUAGAAUUCAUGAAGCUCGUGGCUUUUUAAGGCUGUUGAAGUGUAGUAAUGUCAUUCCAAAACCAUUUAUAUACAACCCUGUGAUUGAUGGAUAUUGCAAAUCUGGGAAUGUGGAUGAGGCAAAUGUGAUUGUGACAGAAAUGGAGGAAAAGAGAUGCAAUCCUGAUAAAGUGACAUUUACCAUACUUAUUAUCGGACAUUGUAUGAAAGGGAGAAUUCGUGAGGCAAUUGACAUUUUCAAUAAGAUGUUAGCAAUUGGUUGUGCUCCAGAUAGCAUAACUGUUAGGUCAUUGGUAUCUUGCCUACUGAAGGCUGGGAUGCCUAAUGAAGCCUUUCACAUUGUACAAAGGUCACCAGAGGACCUCAAUUUGAGUUUUUCAUCUUUCAGAGCUACUAUUCCUUUGAGAACAAAUGCAGACAUCCCAGUGGCUGCUUGAAAGAAGGUUAGUGCACAAUUGGUAUACAUUUGUUUGACCGAGCAAUCAAACAAGGUCCUGCCAUCUCAUGCACCCCAAAUUGUAGGAUGAAUUCCAGACAGUUUCAGUCAGUUGCAGGUUGCAACAAAGAUUUGUUGCUUGAAGAAAUUUCAUGUUUUUUGCUUCGAUAUAGUCUCAGCUGGUUCACUUGGCAACAGUUGAGAUGUUGCGGCUGCAAGAAGUUCUUGGUUUGGCUAAGGUUUGCUUCUUUAAUCAUGUACCUUUUUUAAUUCCCGCGCUGAAGAGACUGAUGAGAAUGGAGUUUCACAAGAGAGAAAUUCCAAAUUGAAUGUCAUGAAAGAGAAAGGCUAUGACACAUUUGGGUUGUUGGGGUGACUGGGGCUGUGACGAGCUUGAGUACUUGACAUUGACAUUGAAACACUGCUCCAGUUAUGUAGUAAAUUUUGUGUCUGUCGCUGUUAUUCAUCCUUGGUCAUGUUGUGCGAAAGCAGAGUUAUUUUCUAAAGAAAUUAUUAGAGAAUCAAUUUCUCUC